AUGGGGCCGACUGAAGAGAACUUGGCGCUUGUGCGCCGGAUGUCCGUUUUCUGGGAGCCGCAUAUGGCCGUCCCGGUCAUUCAUUGGCUGCGUUCUCAGAAGUUGCUGGAAGAGAAAAGCUCGGACGCUUUGUUGGAAGCGAUCCUCCCAAAGACACCCGAGGGCGUUGCUCAGCGGCUGCGUGAACUCGUACAGCAGCAAGGGGGAAAAGUGGAGGAACCUGAGGAGCAACUGCAACAGUGGGAGCAGCAGAGCGCUGCCUUGGAAGAGGCGCUCCAGGCGUUCAAAGGGGAGCAGCAGAGGAAGAUAGGCAACCAGCUAGAGAGGAAGAGGUUGCGAGAUAUUCUGCAGUGGCAUUACCAGAACCGAGAGGAGGGCAGUUCGACGCCAAAUUUGGCGGAGAUUCCACGGGUGGAGAUGGUGCCUGUGCGCCUCGCCCGCGUGGCGUUCUCUUUGGGGGACUACAAGAAGGCGCUGCACCACCUGGACUUCUACCUGAAUACUCUUUCCGAGCUUACCAGUGACAGUGGUGACAUGCAGACCCCCGUAUCGUGCGUGUGGGGUAUUUGCUGUUGCAUCUUGCUGUUGACGCUUUCUGAACCCGCUGGUGACAAUCCGAAGGGUCAACCAUCCAACGCUGAGAGCGAGGAUGCUCUGUUACAGCAGCUUCAGGACGGAGAGGACGGAAAGGACAAGGCCCUUGGCGCAAUAGAAGCUCAUGGUGCUGCUCGUUGUAUCUUGCGCCUUGCUGACAUUCUGGAUCACUCCCAGGCGGCUGCGUCAAAGGCAGCGGCUGGUAUAGGACCGGAAAAUCCGAUGAGCAAGAUAUUCUCGCGGGAGCAGCAGCUGCAGCAAAGGGCUUGGCUGCUGCACUGGGCUAUGUGGCUGCUGCUGCGCUACUACCUGCUCCUGACGUAUGCCAAAGGACAGUCCUGUCGAAACCAGGCCUGGUCGGCUCUUCUAGAUUGGGUCGUACAGGAACGGAACCUAACGUGCGUGCACUUACUCUGUCCUCAUUUGCUGCGUUACUACGCCGUUUACGCUAUAAUGAACCGCAAGAGGAAAGACCACUUCCAAGCCAUUGUGGGGGCUAUUGGUCACACAAAGAAUAAGUACACCGACGCAUUCACGUCGCUUCUGGAGGCGCUUUUCCUCGAUUUCAACUUUGACGAGGCCCAGAAGCACAUCACCAGCAUCUCUGAAUUGUGUGAGACGGACUUUUUCCUGGAGCCGCUAAAGGGUGCAGUGAACGAACACGCUCGUCUCCUAAUCUUCGAGACCUACUGCCGCAUCCACAAGCGAAUUAAUGUCGAGAUGAUCGCGAAGAAAGUCAACAUGGUGCCGGAAGCUGCAGAACGUUGGAUUGUCAAUCUUAUUCUUCAUGCGAGGCUAGAGGCGCGCAUCGACAGCGAAAAGAAUCGUGUUCAGAUGGCAGGGACCCCCCCCAGUUUGUACCAGUUGGUGACAGACAAGACCCGCAACUUGGGAAUGCGCACGAGUUUGCUUAUCCAGAACCUUGGGAGGCCCGGAUACAACAAGGAUGAGGAGUCCAAUGCUGUCCGAGGGGUAGGGGCAGAGGCCGCGGAUGGGUUCGAGGAGGAGGUGAUGCAACCAGGGAUGGGUUCUACCGGGGACAGGAGUCCUCCAACGUGGUCACGUCGGGAUUUAACUUCAGAGGAGGUCGAGGGGCCUUUAGAGGGACACCGCAAGGUGGUCUCGAGACCCGCAAGAUGUCGCCCCUCACGGGAUCAGCAUUCAUGGACUGAAUAUUUGUUUCUCUCGACAUGUUCGUGGCAGGAUGCACAGGGGCUGCCUGCACCCCAUCAACAGUACUAG